AUGUCCAACAGCAGCUCCAUCACCCACUUCCUCCUCCUGGCAUUGGCAGACACACGGGAGCUGCAGCGCUUGACCUUCUGGCUCUUCCUGGGCAUCUACCUGGCUGCCCUCAUGGCCAAUGGCCUCAUCAUCACCAUCGUAGCCUGUUACCAAAUCCUUCACACCCCCAUGUACUUCUUCCUCCUCAACCUGUCCCUUCUUGACCUGGGCUCCAUCUCCACCACUCUCCCCAAAGCCAUGGCAAACUCCCUCUGGGAUACCAGGGACAUCUCCUAUGCAGGAUGUGCUACACAGGUCUUUCUGAUUGUCUUUUUCGUUUCAGCAGAGUAUUCCCUCCUCACCGUCAUGGCGUAUGACCGCUUUGUGGCCAUCUGCCAGCCCCUGCACUACGGGACCCUGCUGGGCAGCAGAGCUUGUGUCCACAUGGCAGCAGCUGCCUGGGGCACUGGGUUUCUCAAUGCUGCGCUGCACACGGCCAAUACACUGUCAUUGCCACUCUGCCAAGGCAAUGCUGUGGGACAGUUCUUUUGUGAAAUCCCACAGAUCCUCAAGCUCUCCUGCUCACGGGCCUACCUCAGGGAAAUAUGGCUUCUUGUGCUUGGUACAUUUCUAGGCUUUGGUUGUUUUGUUUCCAUUCUGCUGUCCUAUGUGCAGAUCUUCAGGGCUGUGUUGAGGAUCCCCUCUGAGCAAGGACGGCACAAAGCCUUUUCCACGUGCCUUCCUCACCUGGCUGUGGUCUCCCUCUUUGUCAGCACUGGCAUGUUUGCCUACCUAAAGCCCCCCUCCAUCUCCUCCACAUCCCUGGACCUGGUUGUGACAGUUCUGUACGCAGUGGUUCCUCCAGCAGUUAACCCCCUCAUCUACAGCAUGAGGAACCAGGAGCUGAAGGGCGCACUGAAGAAGAUGAUGCAGUCAGGUGUGUCUCAGAAGCAAUAA